GCUAAAGAUAGAAGAAGCAGUCUGCAUGAAUCCAAAAUGGACGAAAAUGGGUGACAGCUUGUGACAGCUGCAGUCAUUAAUUGAUUUUAUACGAGAUUAAGCCGUAACUAUAAAGAUACCGAUUCAGUUCAAUUUGGUUAUUUAUAAUAAGUUUGGUUUUAGCAAAGAAUAUGUCGUCAGACAGUGAAUUAGAUGAGUUUUAUGAUGCUGAAGAUGUCACACCAAAUAGGUCACUUAUUGCUGAUCAAAGUAGGGCGGAGUGUCAUGACAGUGAGGUGGAAAGAGAAGAAAGGGAACUUUUAGAGCUUCAAAGACAACAGGAAGAGAGACGUAAACGUGAAGAUCAAGAGUUACAGAUGAGGCUAGAGGCCAUUAAGAUGAAGAAGCAGGGACAAAUUGAAAAAGGAAAAUUAACUGAGUCCAGCAAAAAGGAAGAAUUGGAAAGACGCAGAAGAAAACAUGAAGAAUUGAGGAGGAAAAUGACCGAAAAGGGAGAUAACUCUGAAAGUCCAGAAAUUUCAUCAGACUCUGAUCUUGAUGAUGAAUCUAACAAUAGACUCGGAAUGUGUGCUGAAUAUUUGGAUAAAUACGCCACUGAGGAUAGAGUAACUGAUCUUCCGCCAUUAAACACCACAGACAGUGAUCAAAGUGAUAAAUUUAACAACUAUUCAGUAAAUAUUAAUACAUCACAACCUGAAAAACAAAAAGUGAGCAAACAUUUGCAUGAUUUAGUUGAUGAUAAAACAAAGUAUGAAACAGUCGACCACAAUUUUGAUGUUGAAAAUAUCAUUGAGAAUGUCCUUCAAGAGACUCAGCUGCUCAGUGAUGACAAUGAGCCGGACAUUGUUCGCAGUACAAAAACUAGAACACCACCAAAUACUCUCCAAGCAAAUGCUCAGGCACAGUCUGUGAUACUGCCACCUAGUGGUGAACAUUAUCAGCCCUCUAGUGGUGAGAAUAGUAAACAUGCUGAAGGGAAGACAGCGUUUGUAGAGCCAGUGGCACCACCAAGAAAAAAGAAGAAGUUGAAAUUGUCAACUUCCUUAGUACCAGGAACGCCAGAAAACUUGCCAUCAUCUCAGAGGAGCAGUGUUUCAAGCCUGAUCCCCAUGGAUGAUUCUACCUGUUCACUCGACAGCCAGUCACCUAGUCUAUCACUGUCACUAGAACCCCAAUCUCCAGGCCUUCCACCAGAGAGAAUUUUAGGAGGGUCAGAUGAUUUCAAUCAGUUGGCAGAUGACCUACAGCGUGCUCUGGACCUGACAACAGUAAUAAGAUCGAAAAAAAGACAUAUCAACACAGAGCAAGCUGAUAUUGAUGCAGUCAAUUCAGAUCAUGACUCACCAAGAGAUACUCUAGAAAAUAAUGCAUCUGGGAGCAAAAACAAAGUGGCCAGUCUUGAGCGAGACUCAAAGCUCCAUAAAGGCUCAAGUCUGGAACGGAAACUCAGCAAGGGGUCUAGUUUGGAAAGGGAUGGAAAGUUGAGUAAGAAAUCAAGCUUUGAGCGUGAGGGACGGAAAAGUAAAAAUACCAGUCUUGAUAGACAUAGUAAAACAUCAAGUUUAGAGAAGGUAGAGAGACGUAGAUCUAGAAAUUCUAGCGGUCAUGAUCAAGUGAAGAGGAAGGAGUCAAUGAAUAGACCAAGAUCGGGCUCUGGGAAUCCAUUAACAGAUGAGGAGAUAUUGAGUUGUGUCAUGGUAAAGAAUCUAGACACUGGGGAGAUGGUGGCACUAAAAGAUGCUGAUGUUAAACUACCAAAAUGUGUAGAUCCUCUUGUUUUACAUAUGAUGGAACGAACAAAUGAAUAUCCCAGUGAAGACGGUACAGAUAAAGAUGAUGAUGGUCGGUCUGAGGGCGGGCUAUCUACAGCUGCUCAAAGUGUUAGGAAGAAAGGGAAAAAGUUAAAGAGACUGUUUGGGAAAAAGGUUGGGAAAACAUACAGUAAAGUGAAGUCUGUCGCAGAUCAAGUUAUGCAUGGAGAAGAAAGCAGUACUAUAGUAGAAGGGGAGGUCUCUGAAGAUGGCAGAAGGUUUAAGUUCAAAGCAAACCAUAACAAGAAAGGUCCAUAUGAUUUUGGUCAGCUCAAGUCAGUACAGGACUUAAGUGGUGAACACACAGGAGCUAUAUGGGUGAUGAAGUUCUCACCAUGUGGUAGAUUGCUGGCUACAGGAGGUCAGGAUAGCGUUCUCAGGAUUUGGGUGUUAGAUUCAGCGUUCAAUUACUUCGAUGAUAUGAGGCAGAAAUACGUAGAAAUACAAGUGUCCCCGGCACCAUCUCAGGAAAGCCUCAAUUCAAUACCAUCAAUGUCUUCAGACCAGUCUUCUAUGGAGUUAGGGGCAACUGCUGAGACUAUAGAAGACAGAAAAGGUCCAUUUAAAACAAAACCAUUCUGUAAAUAUAGAGGACAUUCUGCUGAUCUUUUAGAUGUGUCAUGGUCUAAGAAUUAUUUUAUCCUGUCAUCAUCAAUGGAUAAGACCGUACGGCUGUGGCAUUUAUCUAGGAGAGAAUGUCUCUGUACAUUUCAACACGUUGAUUUUGUCACAUCUAUAGUCUUUCAUCCAAAGGAUGACCGUUAUUUUUUGAGUGGUUCACUGGAUGGUAAGUUACGGUUAUGGAAUAUACCUGAUAAGAAAGUGACCUUGUGGAAUGAGGUGGGAAGUGGAAGUCUUAUAACUACUGCCAACUUUUGUCAUAAUGGAAAAUUUGCUGUGGUUGGAACUUAUGAUGGCAAAUGCAUAUUUUAUAGCACUGAGCAUUUGAAAUACUACACUCAGAUUCAUGUACGCUCAACAAGGGGAAAGAACUCUAGAGGGAAAAAAAUCACUGGCAUUGAACCUUUACCUGGUGAAGAUAAGGUUUUGGUGACCUCCAAUGAUUCGCGGGUUCGACUUUAUGAUCUCAGGGAUCUUACCUUGACCUGUAAAUAUAAAGGUCCAACGAAUACCAGUAGCCAAAUAAGAUCAGGUUUUAGUUGUAAGGGGAAAUAUAUUGUAUGUGGUUCAGAAGAUCAGUUUGUUUACUUGUGGAGGACACAGCACGAGUUUGAUAAAUUCUCAUCUGCCAGAAGAGAUAGAAAUGAUUAUUAUGAGGCGUUUAAAGUUCACAAUGCUGUAGUGACAGUGGCCAUUUUUGCUCCAAACUCAAACCAUUUUUUUGCCAUAGAGGAAUCAAACAAUAAAGAAACGAAGGACAUAAAGUCGCCGGAAGCUGAAUUUAUAGUCAGCGCUGAUUUAAUGGGCUGUAUCAAAGUAGUACGAGUUAAAUAAACUGAUAUUGCAAAACAAGUGGCAUUAAUAUUUAUGAUUAUAGCAGAAGUAUCUAAUUUCCAGAGUGAUUUUUUUAUUAGUAUGAUAUUUUGCCAUCUACACUUCAUUGAUGCAGGACUUCUGUUUUAACAGUGUUAUGUUUUAUUGAAGGCCAAACACAUAAAAGUCAGUCCCAUGAAUUUUUCUAGAAAAUUAGAAUUUGGAUCUUGAUUUGAAUGCAGUUAUGAUGUUAAUGGAAAUGUUUAUAUGGGAGUAACAUCAUGGAAAUGUUUAUAUGACAGUUACAUUGUUAUAUGAAAUUAUUAUGCCCCCAUUUUGAAAAAAAGGGGGUAUAUUGCUUUGCACUUGUCGGUCCGUCGGUCCGUAGACCAAAUGGUUUCCGAGUGAUAACUAAAGAACCCGUAGGCCUAGGAACUUCAAACUUGGUAUGGUGAUUGGUCAUGACCAGUAGAUGACCCCUAUUGAUUUUGGGGUCAAGGGGUCAAAGGUCAAGGUCACAUUGACCUUGAAAGCAAAAACGGUUUCCGAUCAAUAACUAAAGAACCUUAAGGCCUAGGAACUUCAAACUUUUUAUGGUGAUUG